AGCAGGGUGCGUUGUGUGCUGUACAGAUUAAAGGUAAAAACCCAACAAACCUUAAAGUGCACCUAAAUAGCUAUCACAAAUUAGCCUACGAGAUAUUUCUGGGUAAAGAAAAAGAAAGGCUGAAAAGCGAGUGCAAUUUGAGUAUACAUGCAACCUCUAGUACACAUCAUACAAGACAGCAGACAUUAAUAUCGUGUUUGCAGAGGACAGCAAAUUGGGGAACAAACUCAGCUGAACACCAAAAACGCGAAGACGCCCAAGUAAACUUGUUUAUUGAAACUGGCAUGUCUACUAGGCUGUGUGACUUGCCUUCAUUCAGAAAAUUUGUUUCCUCUCUUGAUCCCAAAUUUAGCAUGCCACAUGCUGCACGAAUAAAUACGCUCAUCGUACAUAAAAUGAAUACAGCAACACAGCGUAUCAAAGAAAUGGUCCAACAAGCUCGGAAACUAACCCUUUGUAUAGACGGAUGGAGUAAAAAGGGUCUGAUGGCUUCGUUUUUGGGAAUUUCUGCAUGCUUUUAUCAUUCACCAACAAACCAAGCACAGCAUGCUUUGUUAAGUUUACGACGCAUAUGUCAUCCGCAUACGGGACAAGCUUUGGCAAACGCUAUCGACAGUACUCUCGAUGAGUGGGACAUAACAGAAGACAAGGUUAUGAUUAUAGUGACAGACAAUGGAGCAAACAUAGUAAAAGCUAUAGAUAUACUACGGAAAGGGCGGAGGCAAGGAGAAUAUUCUGCACAGCAGUUCAUCGAGCUGGAUUCAACUGAAUCUGAGUCGGACUCGGAUAUAGAGGAAGAAGAGAUGAGCAUCUCUGAUCAAGAAUCAACAGACUUCUUUGAAGACGGAGACAUAUCCAGGUUUCGACGUAUGCCUUGUAUGGCACACACACUUCAGCUUGCAUUGAAAGAUGCCAUGAAACAAUCAGGAGCCAGUUCUGCUGUUAACAAAGCCAGGAACCUUAUUCAUUCUGUCAGGAAAUCUUCGGUAGCAAAUGAGCAAAUGAUUAAAAGGUGUGACUUUAGCCUGUUUUAUAAUACUAACUGACUUGACAACAGGCUUGUCUUUAUCUAA